GGCGUGGCAGGGGCGGCAGCACGGAUGAAUACGGCGCAGGGCUGUGUGACCUUCGAGGAUGUGUUCGUGUACUUCUCCCGGGAGGAGUGGGAGCUCCUUGAGGAAGCUCAGAGACUCCUGUACCGUGAUGUGAUGCUGGAGAACUUUGCACUUGUGUCCUCACUGGGACUCGCCGUUUCCAGGUCCCAUGUAGUUACCCACAUGGAGCCGGAGGGGAGCCCAGGGUGCCUGAGAAGGUAAACACAGCUCCAGCUACAGCAAAGCAGAUCUGGAGGAGGCCUGGCCCUGCAUCCACACUGGGGUAAAAUCCUUUGAGUAUAAAGAUCUGAGAGCCUUUUGUGACCGCUCUUCCCUAACUCUACACGAGGAGUCACGGUGGGGAAAACCUUGUGGAUACAGUGAAUGUGAACACACUUUCAGCUUUCGUUCAUCCCUCACGCACCCCCUAAGUGUUCAUAUUGGGGAGAAACCCUGUGAGUGUAAGAGAUGUGGGAAAGCCUUUUGCAAGUGGACUUACCUCAGUCAACACCAGAGAACUCAUACUGGGGAGAAUGUAACUCCUGAGGAAAAUGUUUGCCAGAGGAAACCUCUUGCUCGGCGUCUGAGAAAUUAUACCAAAGAGAAACCCUGUAAGUGUCAUCGUUGUGAGAAAAUCUUCUGAAGCGGAUCAUCACUUACUGUCUUCUAAAGGGUCCUAUUGGAAGUUGACUCAGCUUGGACCUUACUCUACAAAUGAGAAUCUAAAAAGGAGAGGAAACUAGUGGUUAUUGUGCAGUUUCAAAACCUUCAGCUACAGCUCAGUGUUAGUAUGCGCUGAAAAGCAAUCAUGGACUAUUUUUAAAAAAGAGAAAAGGCAUAAGGGAGGAGGAAGAAAAGAAGUCGAUAUAACAGAAAAAGGAAUGCAUUCAUGAUUUCUUUCAGGUUUCCCUACAAACCCAUGACAGUUUGUUUUCAG